AUGGCUGAAGUCGCAGCGUACCUGCUCCUCUUCGUUGUGCUGAUUUUCUGUGAGGAUGGGGAGCUGGGGGGCGCGCGGGCUGGCCUGCUCCCCCACGGCCCUGCCUCACCAACCCGGGACAAUGGCAGCAACGCGACCACGGCUUCACCCACCGAGCCUGCAGAGUUGUCCUUUCUGACUCUGAAGGUGUGGGUGAAGGAUGCGUCUAGCCAGCGGUACCUGAGCGGGGCCGAAGUCCGAGUGUUUGUGAACGGAUCUCAGCUGCACUCCAGCCAGACCCAGGAGAACGGAGAGGUCCUGCUGACCGUUCCCUACCAACUUGGGGUCACCCUGACCCUGGUAGCCAGCAUGGAUGCCUAUGUACCUGCUCAGCUCCCCUGGAAGACCACCAAGAUGCCCAUAUUUUCUGCCGUUACCAUGUCCCUGGUCCCGCAAACCCAAGGCAACAUCUGGCUCUUUGAAGACACUGUGUUGAUAACAAGAAAAACAUCUGACCUGUCAUCCCAGCCGAGUGUCCAGUUCCCCAAGAGCCUCCUCUCGCUUCCAGAGAACACGAGCAUCUCCAUGGUGACUGCCUAUCUGACCGUUCCAACCCCACCCCCACAGAAAGACAGUCAUUUCUGUACAAUGGGGGUCCUCAACAACAAAGGAGUUUCAGGAUACAGGAGUGUGAAAUUGAGCCCUGUGGCAAUGCUCAGUACUCAGUUGCUGUCCGGUGGGAAGGAGAUUGACAUCAGAGGGCCCAUUCAGCUCACAGUUCCCUUACCAUACCACACCCACUUCCAAGCCUCUGACUCCCUCCCUGCCUGGACCUUUGACAAGACCACAGGUACCUGGGUGAAUAAGGGCAUCGGCUCUGUUAGGAUGGAACGAAAUGGAUUGGUCUGGACCUAUGUGGCUCCACACCUUGGAAACUGGAUCGCAGCGCUAUCUCCAUCUUCCAGCGGUUACAUGGGACAUGCAACUUCGAUGGAUUUCAUCUCAUACCAUACAUACCUUCUUGUGGGCAUCUUGGGUGGUACUCUAGUGAUCGUCAUUGGAUUUUUAUCUGUGAUCUUAUGUCACUGCAGAGAUUUAAACCAUGAGACCGAGCGAAAACGUCGGAACUCCACCAAAAUGUCUGUUCUAAAGAAAGACCAGACCACGUCCACCAGCUCGGAUGAAGUCCAUGAGCCUUUGUACCACAGUGGGGACAGGUCUUACCCACUGGCCUCAAGAGGUGUAGGCCAUCCCGAUGUAUCAGCCUCCCCUCGACACCAGGCCAACUAUAACAUCUAUGUUGAAAACGUAUGUAGGCCUGUGGGGAACCUAUAUGAGAACAUUGGAACUGCAGGCCUAGAGAGCAUCAGGGCUCCGGUACCCAACUUGUAUGUGAACAGUGAUGAAGUAGCAAGGCUUCGAGAGAUGUCUGAAAAGAGUACCUCACGGCAAACUCCUGGAGAGAGUGUGGUAUAUCGAGACAAGCUGUUCCACAUCUACAACCAGCCGGUGGCCAUUGUUCAAGCUCCAGAGCUCUUCACUGCCCAGGGACAGGCUGAUCCUACUGGAAGCAGAUGCGCCACCUUCCCCCGGAAUGGCAUGGAACACGGAGCACAGGCUGAGCGCAACUUCAAAGACAGUUUCACCCAGACGUUGCCCAAAGUCCCACAGCAGGACAGUGAUGAGCAGCCUGCUUUGGAGGGCCCACAAACCUCCACUGUCAACCCUGGAAUUUGGGGCCGCUACAGUCACCUGCUUGAGUCAGUUUCUGUCCCAGGUACCCUGAAUGAGGCAGCUGGAAUGGGUCCAUUCCACGGUGAGCUUCAGGGAAUCUCUGAACAGACCCUGCUGGAGCUCUCCAAAGCCAAGCCUUCUCCCCAUCCUCCUCGGGCAUGGUUUGUGUCCCUGGAUGGUAAACCAGCAGCCCAAGUCCGUCACUCUGUAAUUGAGCUCCAGGGGAGGCACCGGCCAGGCAGCAGCAACGACACCAGCUUGGACUCUGGGGUGGAUAUGAAUGAGCUGCAGCAGUCGGUACGGAAGAGCGACCGGGAGGGUCCCUCCAUCACCAACAUGCCCAAAGCAGUAGGGGGUCGUGGCCACGAGGAACAGGACUUAAGCAGUAGUGAAAUCGGAAGUCCUGAGGAUGCAUCCCUGAGGAACACCCUAGAGGGUAGCAGCGCAGCCAUCCCAAACAUCCCUGAGGAUAAGGACGCAUGUGAUACAUCCAGUGAAUCCAGAUCCACCCCGCCGCCUCGCAGGCUGCGAAAGGUACGGGACAAAAAGCCUGAUAAGAAAACAACUCGACACUUGAGGGAAGAGAGGCCGCAAACAAAACGCUAGCUAGCCUUUGUGCUCAGCCUCUGUGGAGCUUUUCGGUGUUCGCCAAAUAUACCUGGUUUUGAUCAACUUGCCUUAUUGUAUUGUCAUCAGGAAAGGUGCCAUGAUCGAUAAAAACAAAAACAACCGGUCUUUACCUUUGGAGCAUAGCUUUCUAAAAGUGAAUUUCUGUGGUAUCUCUAAUUUUGCUGCCUCCAACUUUUGGCCAAUGUGUCACAAUAGCUUCACUGCUCACUCCAGCGCGUCAUUGCCUGUGUCACGUUUGUACAAAGUCCUAUGUUUACAUAGUAAGAGUGCAUUGCAAUAGCGUACAUAUUACAUUCAGAUUCAACUUUUUUUUCACUGUGAGCACAAUGUCUAUACCUACAAAGCUUUUUUAAACUGAUGAAGAGUCUGCAGACUGAAGAGGAUGGUUGUAAUGGCAUAACGAUAAUGGAAUGCUUUGUAUGCUUGAAGUUGUCUCUCUGUUUUUAAGUUCAGGUACAAAUGUGAAAUAACAAAGAGUUGCCACAGAGUGCCACAAUAAAAAAUGAAAUCUAGUAAACGUAAUGAUUUGGAGUGUUGUGAAACAACAGUAACCGUCGUAUUUACCUCAUGUAUGUAACCAGUACAUGAAGGACAUUAAAUUCUGGCAUUCAGGAAAAGCUAACUAAAAACGAAGUGCACUAGAACUGGAAUUUUCAAUAAAAAGAGGCCUUUGAGGUCAGAUUGUUUCACACACUUAAUAUUGUUUAUACUCUUUGAAAUUGCAUGCAGUUCAUUGUGAAGGUUUUUUUUUUUCCCCAUCGGAUGAUAUAAUGUGUUACAUGUGAGAAUGUAGCAGCAAACACCAGAGAUUUGGCUCAGGUUGUCUUCUUUUACCAAGGCUUUUAUUCUGAAUACUUCAAAGCUGUAAGUAAAAUGCUUAAAUGGCCAUAGUUCAAGCACGUCAUGAUGUUUUUUGUGCAUAGAUGUUUUGAUGGGUGAUAUUACUUCACGAAAGUGACCAGUAGGCUAUAAUGUAAUCACUUGCUGAAUGUCUGAUUUUUUUUAUCUUUUUUAAUGUAGCACUCAUAAUCUGUUGAUGAUUAGAAAGAAACACUGGUAGACUGUUACCAAGUAGCAGAAGUGUGUGGACUGAGUUCUGGAAGGCAGUUUGAUUUUGACAUUAUGACGAUAAAAUAGUGAUGCAUGACUGAAAAGAAGCCGAGAAGAUCAUUUUCUUUGUAAGUAGUGUCAACCAAAUGUGUUUUGACGUCACUUCUCAUAUUGUACUGUGUAUUAUUUAUGUUAAUUGUAAAAAAGUCAUUUUUAAACAUACCACUUUAAAAAAGCGCUUACGGGAAAGUCCUCCCAUUUCUUGAAUGCUUUACUGAACAGCUUGUCAUAUGCCUUUUUUGUGCACAUCAAUAAAGGGUGUAACCAGUC